AUGGCACAACUGGAAAAGUUCUCAUUUCGAAACGGUGGCCAUCUUCUCUUCGGAAGCGAUGGCAACUCGUCUGGUACCGGGCUCAUGCGGUGUGUUGAUCGCAAGGCUGAGCUUGACCGAUGGUUCGUCGAUGACGAUCCAGACGACAACCCCAUAUACAUUGAGUGUGCGGCAUCUAGCGACCCGAAAGCACAUUACACCCUCAUGCUCGACAGACACCCCGAACAGAAACAAGUUCCUAAAGGUCUCGCGAUGCUCUUGCACCAGCUGAUCAGCUGA